AGAGUGCAUUAACAGAAGAUACACAGAAGAACCAACACCUGCACCAUGCUGAUGAAUCUGUCCGUAUUCCUCAUCAUGAUCACCCUGUCGUCGGUCACGGCGCAGACCUUUCAAUACUCCCGUGGCUGGAAGAACGGCAAGCGGGACGGUUCUGACACACAUCUCGACAUCAACAGGCUGGAGAAGACCUACAGCCCCUGUCAGAUGCAGAAUCUUCAAUAUCUGCUUGAUGGAAAGAUGACUGAGAAGCUGCCGGCUCCCUGCGAGUAUCUAGAAGAGGAGGAGCCAAGGCGACAGAAACACAAGAUCGUCCAAGAUUCCCAUGACUACUUCCAGUGAUUUCUGGUCACGGAUCCUCGAUUUAACUUAAGAU